UUCAUCCAGAUAAAAAUCUACUAAUGUUUUCCUUAUAGAAAAAUUCAGGUUUUGGCUUUCAAUACUAUAGAAACAAUAAGGAAUCUACUAACAGAAAUUUUUUAAUUUUAAUACUAUUUCCUCUACUCUAGUGUUGUGGAAUGACCUAUUUUACACAAAUUUUGGCUUCAUUUCUUCAACUUUUAUUUCAGAAGGUGUUGUUAGACCAGGCCAACAGUCAAACACAACAUUGCAUUGUCCUAAACUUAAUUAUGAUUGCAUUGUUCUAAUAUGCUUCUCAUGUGUUAAGGGUUGGUCAUUUCUUUCUCUUCCAUAUAUUCUUUGAUUCUUUUAUUUUUAAUCCUAUGGUUAGGAUUUGUAUGUUAAUUUUACACAAAUUUGGCUGUCUCUAGGCCUAAAUUUUUUAGCCAACUGCUUUGGGCUAGUGAACAUUACCCAAUCUACGCCUUUUGAGGAGACCUUCUUUCUCUCUCUCUCUCUCUCUCUCUCUCCUUAUAUAUAUACCUCUCUUUGUCACUAUUGUUUCUUGUGCAGUAGUAGUUGUAGUAGUAGUAAAUUCAAAAGCAGAGUUUUGUGUUUGUAUUACUUUUUGCAACCACCUAGGCUAGAAGAGAGGAAGAAGUAAGAAGAAGAAGAAUACAGAGGUUCAAUCCAGCAGAAGAGGCAGAGAAAGAGAGAGCAGCCCAGAUAGGGUCAAAGUCUACAACAUGCAUCCAAGGGUGGUCAAACCCAUCAAAAAAGUACAAGUUGUUCACUAUCUCUCAAGAAAUGGCCAUCUUGAACACCCACAUUAAUUACAUGGAAGUCACCCAUUUAGUCAAUCAGCCUCUUCGUUUAAGAGGUUUUCCUGAAGCAGCAUCUUACAAAUGUUGUCUUUGACUCCAAUUUUGCUGAUGAAGAUUGGCGAGUUUGCUGAUGAAGUCAAUGAGGAAGACGACAUCGUUUUACAUGGAUCAAUUAAAGCCCCAAAGAUUCUUGCUGACAUCGUAGAGUCUUUGGCAGCAGCUAUAUAUUUUGAUCUCAAAUUCGACCUGGAAGAAUUAUGGAGGAUCUUUAGGGAUCUCUUGGAACCUAUUGUCACACCUAAAGUCUUGCAACAACAACCCCACCCUAUUACGACAUUGAAUGAACAGUGUCAAAAGCAGGGGAGGGAAGUUUACAUUAAGCCAUGGAGGGAAGGGGCAAAGCAUAUUGCUACUGUAUAUGUCCAUGGUGUGUCUAUUGCCUCAGGUUCUUCUGAUCAAUCUAAGGACAUUGCAAAGCUUAAUGCAGCAAAGCAAGCAUUGUUCGAGUUAUCGAAAUCUAUGCUCACUAACAUUGGGAGGUUAGAUUUUUCUUUUGGGCUCAAUAAGUCAUUUGAGAUCGAAUUAGCAAAGCAAAAGUUAAAUGAGGUUUGUCAGAAGAAAAGGUGGCCUACACCUAUUUACAGGAUUGAGAAGGAAGAGGGUCAGAAAUAUGUCUGUUCUGUUCAAAUACCUAUAGAUGGUGGUUUGACUAUUGAGGGAGAAGAAAAGUUAGGAAAAAAGGAAGCAAAAAAUUCUGCUGCUUCAUGUAUUAUCCGUGCCUUAUUAGAGUCUAAUAAAAUAUAAAAGUAGAAGCCUCACCUAAUCUUCUACCAUGUGUCAUGAUUGCUGAACUUAUAAAGAUUGAUGUGUGUUGUAUUUAUUCAGAUGAUUUGGAGUCUUGGACAAACAAAGCCACAUGGAGCACAAUAAUUUUUCCAUGUCAAUUUUAACGAU